UACAUCUUUCGUACUAGUUGAGACCAUGGGAGCGGCAUUGGCGAGAGCAGCUCAGUGGACUGCUGCUGGUUCUGGAACUGGCACACUCGAAAUCACCCCUUUGAACGAAUCUCUUUUAAAUCAAAUUAUUAAGUUUGCGGAGGACUUCAGCACUAGACAUCCUCGGGAAGCAGCAUUUGUCUUCAGAGAGCCCCUUGAGUGGAAAACGCAAUUGGGCUCUUCAGUAUUUGGAGAGGGUUAUGAGAUCAACGAAGCAACUGUUCAGUCUGAAGCCAAAGGUGAAGAUGGCCAACCAUUGCUUCUCCUCACAGCAUCAACUCUCAGAGUUCGCAGUUUUGACCAGCUGUCCUGUUUGCUACAAAUUGCUGUGGAAAGAAAGUUAAAGGAAGCACAAGCAUGCCUUGAAGCUAACAGAGAUCCUAUAGUGAAAAUUCUUGGCCCUGAAUAUGGGACUGUUGAAGGAGAAGAUAUGUCCAUGUUGCAUUUAUUUGACAAAGUGAAAAAAGAUGAUGACCCUGAAACAGAGAUGAAAAUGAGAAUCUUUCUUCUUCUUCAUCAGCUGGAUUUGCAACUGCUUAAUAGUUCUUUGAAACACAUUUCACAAGACGUAAGACUAAAUCCAGCUGCUAUAAAUAAUGAAGUGAAUCUUCUCAAGAAUUUCUCUGGGGAAGGAGAAGAUACAGUACUGGAAUCACUGAAAUAUACAUCAGAUUACACAUUCUCUAAUGGAUGCCGAGCUCCUCCCUGGAGACAAGUGCAUGGAGAAAUUUGUUACUUAGUCAUCAAACCACAUGACACUGAUCCUUUGUAUAUCACUUGCAGCACAGCAGGAGUGUUUUUAAAUGGAGGUGAGAUAAAUGGUAAAGAUGGCAUUGACUAUGAAAGAAAAAGUGAUGUAUAUAAAGAUAUUGUCACAUUUUUAAGGGAGAGAUCACCUAGAUUUGUAGAAAAUAUGGCUAAACAGAGUGAUUUGGCUUCAUUUGAUGGUCAUGAACGUAAGACAUCAGGCAGGUUUGAAGAUGUUAGUGAAAGUUCCUCAGAGACUGAGGAGGAUGAAGAACAGCCUGUACGUCAUCAGGAAGGAAACACUGAUUUGCCCUCAGAAUACUGGGGAAUUCAGAAACUUGCAAAAUAUUUAAAGGGAGGUAAUCCAACAGCUACUGUAAUCGCAUUGUGUUCAAUGAGAGAUUUCAAUCUGGCUCAAGAAACUUGUCAGCUGGCCAUCAGAGACAUUGGAUGUCUUGAAGUGUUAAUUAAUUUACUUGACACAGAAGAAAUUAAAUGUCAGAUUGGUUCAUUAAAAAUCCUGAAGGAAAUCAGUCAAAAUACACUGAUCAGACAUGCAAUUGCAGAUCUUGGGGGCUUACAGAUCAUGGUGAAAAUACUGGACUCUCCAGAUAAAGAUCUAAAAUGUUUGGCAGCUGAAACAAUUGCUAAUGUUGCUCGAUUUAAACGAGCACGAAGGACAGUAAGGCAGCAUGGAGGAAUCAAGAGAUUGGUUGGGCUGUUGGAAUGUAUUUCAGUGGGAUCAACCAGUCUAACACCGUAUCAAGCAAAAGACACUGAAAUAGCACGCUGUGGGGCUUUGGCACUCUGGAGCUGCAGCAAAAGCAGCAAAAAUAAAGAAGCAAUCCGUAAAGCUGGUGGCAUUCCAUUAUUAGGUAGAUGGCUCAGAUGUUCACAUGCAAACAUCUUAACCCCAGUAGUGGGGACACUACAAGAAUGUGCUUCAGAGCCAAGUUACAGACUUGCAAUAAGGACAGAAGGAAUGAUUGAGAACCUCGUGAAAAAUCUAAGCAGUGAACAUGAGGAGCUUCAGAUGCAUUGUGCAAGUGCCAUAUUUAAGUGUGCAGAAGAUAAAGAAACACGUGACCUGGUUAGACAGCAUGGAGGUCUACAACCACUAUCUGUUCUGCUUGGUAACGCUGAAAACAAACAACUUUUAGCAGCUGUGACAGGAGCAAUCUGGAAAUGUGCAAUCAGUGGAGAGAAUGUGUCAAAAUUUCGGGAAUAUAAAGUGAUAGAAGCUUUGGUAGGACUGCUUACUGACCAGCCUGAAGAAGUUCUUGUAAAUAUUGUCGGAGCACUGGGAGAAUGUUGCCAAGAGCCAAUAAAUCGAACUAUUAUCCGUAAAUGUGAUGGAAUACCACCUCUAGUGAAGUUACUUACUGGAACUGAUCAGGCACUACUUGUGAAUGUCACCAAAGCAGUGGGAGCUUGUGCAACAGAACCUGAAAAUAUGAUGAUAAUUGACCGUCUAGAUGGAGUUCGUUUGUUAUGGUCAUUGUUGAAAAAUCCUAAUCCAGAUGUUCAAGCAAGUGCAGCUUGGGCUAUUUGUCCGUGCAUUGAAAAUGCUAAGGAUGCUGGGGAAAUGGUUCGAUCCUUUGUUGGUGGCUUGGAACUGAUAGUCAAUUUGCUAAAAUCAAAGAAUAAAGAAGUUUUAGCAAGUGUAUGUGCAGCCAUUACAAAUAUAGCUAAAGAUGAAGAAAAUUUAGCUGUUAUAACAGAUCAUGGAGUCGUCCCUCUGUUGUCCAAACUAGCAAACACAAACAAUGACAAAUUAAGACGUCACUUAGCAGAGGCCAUUUCCCACUGUUGCAUGUGGGGGAGCAAUAGAGUUGCCUUUGGAGAGACCAAGGCUGUAGCUCCUUUAGUACGUUACUUGAAGUCAAAUGAUCCAUCAGUUCAUAGAGCUACAGCUCAGGCUUUAUAUCAACUUUCAGAGGAUCCCAACAACUGUAUCACCAUGCAUGAAAAUGGAGUGGUGAAGCUCCUACUGGCUAUGGUAGGCUCGACAGAUGAAACUCUGCAGGAGGCAGCAGCUGGUUGCAUAGCAAACAUUCGCAGAUUGGCUCUAGCAACAGAAAAAGCAAAGUAUGGCUGA